CUCUGUUUAGAAACGAUAUGUAAUUAUGCAUAAUGCCAGGCGUAACGAGCCAUUAUUUAAUUAUGCGCAGCCAUAAAAUGCUGCGCAACUGUGCAUAAUUGAAAUGAAAAAAUAUAAAAAUCAAACUACUAAAUCAGUAAAAAAUUUCAAAAAUUUCAAAUAAUGGAUAAAGAAUUAUUUGGCGGUAGCAUUUCUAUGUAUAUUCCACCUUCUUUUGAAGAUAUUAGUAAUGUGAGAAAUGUGCCAGAUAAUCAAGAAGUCUUCGCAGAUGUGAACACAGAUCAAAGUAUUAUUGUUGAAAUAUUAGAAUUUGUUAAACAAGUUGCAAAUGAAGAUGCUGCAAAAUAUCAUUUUGAUUCUAUUGCUUCAGAUAACGACGCUGAAAAUUUUAAUACUAUACACCAAAUUACUCAAUUAACUUCACAAGAAAUUCCAAAUCUUCCAUCCGAUACACCGAUGUACUUUUGUACAGGUCAACAAUCCGUCGCAAAAUUCAAUGAAAAAGAUCCAAGUGCUCGUAAUCUAGUAAACAUUUAUAUGGCUUUAUUUAGAUUUCCAAAUUACGAUACUGAUAUAGUAAUUACCUAUAAUAUUCCAAUUUUGAUUGGUGCUGCUAGUAGUAGCAGGCAAACUGCACAAGAAGGGAAUAUUCAAGUUGGAUUUGAAGAAUUUAAAAGGAUGUUGGCUACUUUUAAAAUUAACAAUUAUGAUUUAUUUGCAGCAACGUAAUUUAUUUUUUUUUUUUUGAUAUAUAUAUAUUAGUAUUUU